CAUAAAAACGUCGGGAUGGGAUUCCCGGUGCCGCUUCCCGGCAGGAGGAGGGGAGCCAGCUCCAACAUGAGGGCAGCUCUGGGCCUGCUGCUGCUGCUGCUCUUGGCCGCUGCACACGCGCUGCACCGAGGGAAAUCUUAUGUCCGGGAGAAAGUCUGCCAGGAGUACAGGAUGCUGGGAAAGGAGAACUUCCGAACCCUGACCAUCAUCACCAACAGCCGGAAAUAUUCCAAUGGCACCUUCGAGGAGAUCUCCCACCUCGUCCGGGAAAUCGUCUCCCUGGCCGAGACGUGCUGCGCCGAUGGGGCCGACCCCUCCUGCUACGAUGCUGGGUCCACGGCGCUGUCGGUCAAAUCCUGCAGCGCGGACUCGCCUUUCCCAGCGCAUCCCGGCACGGUCGAGUGCUGCAGGCACGAGGGGCUGGAGAGGAAGCUGUGCCUGGCUGCCCUGCAGCACCCACCCCAGCCCCUGCCCCGGUACCUCCAGCCCUCCGACAAGGAGCUGUGUCAGGCCUUCCGGGAGGAUCCCAGGGAAUUUGCGGAUAGGUUUCUUUAUGAGUACGCCAGCAGCUACAGCCAGGCUCCCCUGCCUGUGCUCCUGGGCUCCACCAGGAGCUUCCUCUCCAUGGUCUCCACCUGCUGCAUCUCCUCUGCACCCACUGCCUGCUUCCUGAAGGAGAAACUGGAGAGGAAAACCCUCUCCCGACUCACCCUGACGUCAAACCGGAUUUGCUCCCGCUUCUCGGCAUAUGGGAAGGACAAAGUCAGCUUCAGCUACCUGGCCUCGCUGGCUCAGAAGGUUCCCAGUGCUUCCUUCGAGGACCUUCUCCCCCUGGCUGAAGACGCUGCCGAGGUGGCUUCCCAGUGCUGCGACUCUCUGGCCGAGGACUGCAUGCAGAAGAAGCUGUUGGAGCACACGGCCAAAGUCUGUGCCGCGCUGUCGGCCCGGGACGGGCGCUUCACCGACUGCUGCCAAGGGAAGGACCUGAUGGAAAACCAUUUCUGCAUCCUGGCCAUGCUCCCAGCGCCGGCUCCCAAGCUGCCAGAGGCAUCGGAGCUGACCAACAAGGAGCUGUGUGGCAAGGAGGGAGCUCUCCAUGCCACCAGGUUCCUGUUCGAGCUGGCACGGAGGCAGCCCAGCAUCCCCGACGCCGUCCUCGCCAAGCUCUACGACUCCUCCGGGAAACUUCGGGCCGAGUGCUGCUCCACCAAGGACCCCUCCGCCUGCUUGGACAGCAAGCGCAAGCGGAUGAAGGCGGAGCUGCUCCCCUUCCUGGGAAAGGCCAGCCAGCUCUGCGGGCAGUACAACAACCUGCCUUUCCUUGAGUUCAAGAAGAGGCUGCGGGAAAACCUGAAACAAGCGGAGCCCCAGGCCAGCCCGGCGCAGCUGGAGCAGCUCCUGGAGCAGCGAGCAUCCUUCGCCUCCACCUGCUGCCUCCCGGAGGCUCCCCCGCUCCUCUGCGCCUCCAAGGUGAGCUCGGAGCUGGGGGAAGCCUGUGACAAGGAGUCCUGCCUGCUGGCCUAGGGGCCCGGCAGCAGGGAUCGCUUCUCCAGGAGCGAGAGCACAAGGCUGAGCUCUGUGAGCACGCAGGAAUGGGGGACAUGGCGAGGGAGCAGCAGGGAGUUGGGCUGGAGGACGUCCUGCAGAUGGAAGCUGUCACCGAGCCCCCAGCUCCCUGCCACCCUUGCGUUCCUGCAGACAAAAUAAAGAGAAGUCCCCACGCUG